UUUUCCUGUCCUCUUGGCUUCAGCAAUGGAGAUUUCAAGGGUUCCAGGAGAAGCUGUGCAAGUGAUAGCUCCUCGGAGGACAGCUACUUUUUCCAGGAUAGACACAUUUAGCGCUUCUCACAGGCUGGCCUGCAAGUCACUGAGUGAUGCAGAAAAUAAGAAGCUGUUUGGGCCCUGCAGUCAGAGGCAUGGGCACAAUUAUAAAGUUGUGGUGACUGUCCGUGGAGAAAUUGACCCCAUGUCAGGAAUGGUGGUGGAUCUGACAGAUUUGAAAGCCUACAUGAAGCAGGCAAUCACGAAUCCCCUUGACAAAAAGCAUUUGGAUCAAGAUGUCCCUUAUUUUGCCAAUGUUGCAAGCACAACGGAGAACCUCGCUAUGUUCAUCUGGGAGAGUCUCCAGAAGCAUUUGCCUGAGAACACUCUCCACAAAAUAAAAGUCUAUGAAAUGGAUGAGCUCAGCGUCACCUAUAAAGGCGAAGCAGCAUCUCCAUCACCAUGCCUGGGUGUAUGCACAGUACGCGGAUUCCCCGCAGAGGAACUGAAUUCCCCGCAUGAGAGAAGGAAUUGAAGACUGGGAUGGGAAACCAAUGGUGCCAUCCUGGCUUGGACAAAUAGCAGUGAUUAUCAUUUCCUGCUGCAGAUCCAGCACUUUGUAAAUACGUAACUCUUUACCUGGUCACCUGGGGUGAGUAAAAGUAGCCUCCAGGAAACCAAACAAGGAAUUUGUUAUCAAACCGCAAUGCUUUUGUUGUUGUUUUUCUUUUAAAAGUCACAAAUGAUUACCAAAGGCAUACAGCAGAUAGACAGAAAGGUAAAAAUAAAGUAUGGACAAUAUUUGUGGACUUACUUCCAAGACUGCCUAAUGAAGCCAUCAAUCUACUUGGGAUGUCACCACGGGAAGGUGAGAGUUGCAACCGGAGUCACCACUGACAAUAUGCAUGCAUGUUGAGCAAAAAAGCAGGCCAGAAGAAGGUCGGAGGUAAAUAUCCCCAGGCACUCCGGCCAUUCUGUGGUGCCCUUCAGACCCUGCUGCUCCUCUCCCUGUGUUUUUGUGCCUACGCCGGGCAUGGACGUGGUGACAAGAGUGAGGGGAUGAGGUCGUAUAACCAAUCCAUAGUAGCGAACUACUUAAUCAGUCCGAAAGAAUUUGUUCUUUUCAUAAUUAACCUGAUUCAUUCUUAGCAUGCCACUUCCUGGAGAGAAAAUGCCUUUCUAUUUUCCUGUACAAGUGAAUGUUAUAUGAAAAGAGGUAGUGAAAGAGAAGUAAGUCAUCCUCUAUGAUUUUUUGAGAAUACCC